AUGGGCAACGAACUCGACUACAUGCUGGAUCGUAACUACACAGCAGCUUCACGCCUCAAUUUCCAAUUCUACCUGUGGAAAGAAUCACUCCAAUUCAACCUCCACCCCUCCAUCGACCUCGGCCCUGCCGGUGAGACUGUCAGAAUCGCCGAUCUAGCCACGGGCACCGCAAUCUGGCUUUGCGACCUUAUGCGGGACCCAGCCAUGGCGCCAUACACUCUGCAGCUGGACGGUCUAGACGUGGACCUGAAGAAUGCGCCUGUACCAGAAUGGGUGACGCCCUCCAUCAGUCUUCGCCAAUGGAACAUCUUUGACGAAGUCCCUGAGGACCUGCGCGGAAAGUACGACGUCGUCCACCUACGCCUUCUCGUCCUGGUCGUGCAGGAGAGCAACCCUCUCCCCAUCAUCGAUAAAGUUUUUCAGCUCCUGAAGCCAGGUGGAUACAUCCAGUGGGACGACCUGAACUAUCCUGACACGAUCGUGGCCAAGCCCCCCACUGCACAGCUAAGCAACCAGGCCAGCCCAGCGUGCGAUGCAUUCGUGCAAUUUGCCCAGUCCAACGGACGUAAUGAUUGGGUGCUGGAUCUACCACAAUCGUUGAUGGAUGGACAUGGUGGGUUCGUUAAUGCCGAUCUGUUUCAUUUUAUCGAUCGGCCGGAACUCUGCAAGGCGAAUGGAGACCAGUAUAUACUCGUGCUAGAGGAAUUUGCAGCUCGGCUGAAGUCUGCGGGAAAGGUGGAGGAGGCGUCUCGUAUCUAUGACAUGAUUUUUGGGCUGGCUGAAGAAUCGCGAAGGGGGUUCCACUUGUCUAUGCCAAGGGUGCUGGCUUUGACCUCUUCCCAAAGAGGGGCAAUUUCAUCUCCAUCUUCGAUAUCCUUAGAGCACCAUUUUAUGGCCGAGAUCGACACAUCAGUCUGGUACAAAACAGAUAUUGGCCCUCGACUCAGCCAGCCCAUGCGGGACAUUUUCUCUCAAUGGAGCGGUGUAAGCGAGGGUCAGCUUGACGCCCAUCUUCACGCUGUGCGCGACAAAGCGUGGCAAUACGGCAAAUACCCCUGCGUAGGCCAGUGGAUGUUCUUACUCCCCGGCAUUGCCAAGUUCCCCCAAUUCCCCGCUGUCGUCGAUCGCGCCCUCCAACCAAGCACAACCAUCAUCGAUCUCGGCACAGGGCUAGGUCAGAAUCUACGUCUGCUCGCCGCAAAUGGCGUCUCUCCGUCUCAGAUGUGGGCCCUCGAUCUCAGUCCCGAGUUGUGGCAGUUAGGUUACGAACUGUUCAACGAUGACGAUCGAAUGAAGGCUGUCUCCUUUACCCCCGCCCACUUCCUCACCGAUGAACCGGAGCAGCUGAAAAACCUCCGUGGAAAGAUAGACAUCAUGAUCGCGGGGCAAUUUCUCCAUCUCUUUUCCUGGCAGGGGCAGAUUGACGCUGGAAAACGGAUUGUUGAGCUGUCCCGGCCAGGUACCAUCCUUAUCGGAUAUCAGCAGUCGCGUCGUGCCGCGAGAGAAUAUAUCCGGCCUUGGGGAAUGAUGUUUUACCAUAAUCUAGAGAGUUUUCAGAAGCUCUGGGCGCUUGUAUCGGCGGAGUCUGGGACAGAGUGGAAGGUUGAAGCCACGUUGGUGGAUUUGGUAGAUUGGGGUAUGGAGACCGAAGAUACCCAGUGGAUGCCACCAGACCAUCAGGGGUUAAAUUUCUAUUUGACACGGGUGCGAUGA